AUGGCUCCAACCAGCUUAUCCCACCGGCAAACCCACAAUUUGCUGUUGAUUUCCAAGCUCCUCGGCCACCGCGAUACCGCGUCACCCCUCACGUUGCUCAUUGAUUCUUUGGAGCAGCCUGCAACUCCAUUGAUCAAGGAGUAUAUUCGACGUGCAAAGAUCUCCAAAGUCCAUGUUACACUCAUCGCCUUCGAGACCCUCAAACCAUUAGAUGGAGUUGAUUCAUUCAUCUAUGCUCGGAGAAAGAACCCGUCGGAGAUCGCGAAAGAAGUUGCUACGGCUCAGCAGAAGACACCUACCCGACGCCUCAUCCUGAUCGACUCGAUCAAUCCUCUCCUCCGCGCCCAACGAGCCAAUGCGCACUUUCACCUCCCAACGUUCCUCAGCUCCUUCUUGAUUCCGUCGAGUCCCUCAGCGCCCAAGAGUGAUACAUCACUCGUCGUGAACUUCCACAACGAUGUCCCAAACCCUCCGGCCCAGUCACCAUACCAACCCUCGCCAUUGUCCACCUUGAGCUUUCUCGCGACAACCGUCAUCACGCUACACUCUUUCUCCCACAUUUUAGCCCAAAAAGCGGCUCGCGAUCGCAGUCUGGCGGCGCCUGUUUUCGGACUCGCCGAGGAACAAGACGGUGUCCUCUUGGGCCGACUGGAUAAGCCGAUCGGCAACGAGUCCACGCAAGGGAUCGUCCUGGAGAUGGAACACCGCCGAAGAAGUGGGCGUGGCGUUCUGGAAUGGUACAUUUUGCCUCCCGCUUCGAGCUACCCGCCCAAUCAGCUUAAGGAAAUUGUGACAUUGCUCGACGACCACCCCCUGUAUCGACCUCCGGUGGACUCUGGCGCCCAGGAAGGCGAGGAGGAACCGCAAUCCACUUUUGAAUUAGGUCUGACCGACCGGCAACGAAAGGACAGAGAAGGCGUGGUCCUGCCAUACUUUGAUGCCCAGCAGGGCGAUGGCCCUGGCGAAGGGGGCCGCAUCUUAUACGACAUGGGCGAGGAAGACGAUUUCGACGAAGAGGAAGAUGAGAUAUAGCGUGCCCCUCUUCCUGUCCCUUUGGCGCAGUGUAUGCGUGGUUUACCUAGCUCUACGGAACAUCGUCUGCCUUCGCCAAAGAAAAGCUUCCAUUGCCUGACAAGCCUGCUCGUCAUUCCUCUCAACGAUCCUACUGGCUUGAGUGACUGACUAGAGGGCAGUGUCCUGCAGCCACCCUUGAAUAUUAUGUAUGUACACGGGUGUCCCUAUGACCAGAUACCCACGAAAGACAUGACCACCUGCGUGUGGCUAGAAGAAACGCAACCAGAGGAACAGAAUAAUAAAGAACCCAACGCCCGCAAAGGGCCCAUACUACACCAAGUCAGAACAGCAUUCUAGGCAGGAUAGCUGUGGGCGAUUGAAACUCACCUGCUUCAACAACAACUCCCAGUUGAUGCGGACCGCCGCUUUCCUAUACUUUUGACUGUCCUCGCGCAGACGCCCUGAUAACUCGC